AUCGCUUCUGGAUCAGUGCCACCAAUUCGAACUUUGCAUUACUUACGAACAUGUCGAUGACAGGCUCGGAGAGUCUUCCAAGAGCAGAUCAUGAUGUCGAACAUCAUCUCCAAAAGCUCUUGAAUGCACUCUCAGUUUUGCAAUCUAGGCACACUCAGAGUACUUCCGAGAUCGAGGAACUGCGUGAUCAACUCGAUAUUGAGCGGAGAGGGUACCGCUCUAUGAAACAAGAUUACAAGGAAAACUUAUCGAAAGAGAGGAAGACAUUCAAGGAGCAUAUAUACGACUUGGAGCAAAAGAACGCUGAGCUAGAAGAGAGGCUAGCAUCGUUAGAAAGUGCUACUGUCUUAUGCCAGGACUCGGAUAGACCAAUUCCACAGAAACGUAUCGUGUGUCUGAUCGACGGUGAUUCUACCAUGAUCGCUCCCCGAUAUAUCAAGAAGGGCAGGAGAGGUGGACAGGAAGCGGCGGACGAACUGUCUCUGCAUAUCUCGAAUUAUCUCAUUGAAGAAUAUGGCGAGUCUUCAUCCUCAGUGGAGCUGGCUUUUAUGUGCCUUCUUGAUAAGAACAAUUAUGCCAAUACAAUUGAAAGCUUUGGCUUGCCAACAACUGCGGACAGGCUUGGGGAGUUCAUUACUGGUUUCAAUCAUGCUGGAGGGGACUUCUUGAUGGCGGAUGUCGGGCCAGCUUCCUCUCAUGAGGCUACUCAGAAAUUGAAAGACAAACUCUGGCAAUGCGUCAGAUCUCCCGAUGUUUGGAAGAUCUUCCUCACUCCUGGUCAUGACGACCAAUACUUGGACAACCUCACGUCACUCAACCAGUCUGGGUUUGACAAGAUCGUAUUGCUCCCCGCUUGUGCGCCACUGUCAUCGAACAUCAACAGUCUUGGACUGCCGAGCCUUAUGGUCGAUGCAUUGUGCAAACCUGAUGCAUUGCCUAUAAGUCCGACUAGCCCAAGCACUGUGCGUCCUUGGAUGAUGUCCCUCACGCCUCCGUUAAGUUUCGUCCAACUAAAUCCAAUGAGUCAUGACAUAAGUUAUCUUCGGCGCAAUGCUGAAACUGGCAUGCAGGGCCUUCACUUACUGAAGCCAUCACCUUGUCAUCUACACUAUCUAGCGGACUGUCGGAAUCCGACAUGUUCUUUCGGUCACCAUUGGGUCCUGUCACAAGUACAGUUGGAAGAACUCCGCAAGUGGGCAAAUGCCAUACCAUGCAAAAGCGCAAUUAGUGGAAAACCUUGUCCACAUGGAAACCGGUGCAUAUAUGGCCACAAAUGCCCCCACGGACAGAAAUGUGCCACAAAGUCGAAAGCCAAAUGUAAAUUCAGUGCGGCUGGAAUGCACGACGGAUGAGCGUGGAUAUCGAUUAUCAGAUUGAACGUAUGAAUAUUGAGCUCAGAUGAGCUCGGGAGCACUGUCUUUUUAUAUGACCCUUUUAUUUUUCUGUAGGGAAUGCUAAUCAUAUGGGUUGCAAUUCUAUACAGUUCACCACUAGACCUAUUGCUGAAUGGAUGUUCCGAAUCCCACUGACAC